GGGCAUCAUGGGGCCCCUGUGCCCCUGUGUCCUUGCCCAAACUCAAAAAAGUCUAUGAAAAAGAAUGGGAAAUACAAAAACAAAAAUAUAAAAUCACAAAUAUUUUAUCACAAAGUAUAAUUAAAAUGCCAUCUAAACUUUUCUAAAAAUGUCCAAUACAGAUCAGGGGCGGACUGACAACUCAUGGGGCCCCCGGGCAAUAGGGGAUCAUGGGGUCCCUGUGUCCUUGCCCAAACUCAAAAAAGCCUAUGAAAAAGGUACUGGGGGCAUCUCAUGGAGCCCCCUACUGACCCCGGGCCCUCGGGCAGUGCCCGAGUUUCCAAAUGGUCAGUCCACCCCU